AUGUUGCGGGCGUAUCUCCGUCGUGCAAGUGCACAUAUACAAUGCAAUACUUGUCAACUAUCAUAUUACAGCCAUUCAAUACCUCAAACAGUACACUCAAACGCACUCGAAUCAAUAAAACAGUUCGUACUAGGACAUCCGACAACACAGGAAGAGGACGUCGACCUUCGUUCAGUGUUCAACGUCAACCCACCCCCCGCUCCAACCAACCAACAGCCUCACACCGCCCAUCUCAGGCCACACCAACUUUCCCCUUCUCUGCCCCGCAACGCUUCCACAGCAGCAACGCUCGCCCCUCCCUCUUCCCACCCCCUCUUGGACCACAGCGCAGCCGACUGGCGCACAUGGGCAGACAGGCUCGCAGACCCUGCUCAUUCCGCAUCCCUCGCCCCAGAAGAAAUAGAACAUCUUCUCAUCGCACUCACCCUCAACUGGUCAACCCAAGCACGCGCAGUCCGCCUGCUCAAGCGGCUCGUCAUCCGCCGUUCUGCCGAAGAACUCAGACGCAUCCUCAGCUGGAAGGCGGUAGAGCGGAUAGUUCAUGCAGGAGAGAAAAGCAGCGCCCACCAGCUCCUGGCCGUCCUCGUUCAGAUCGUACUGCGCUUGUACUGGCCGCACCGGGAUACCUCUGUCCACUUCCCCUUGAGAUGGGAGAGCAACGUCCCCCGCAUGGAGCCCGUGUUAGACCACUUCAUCCCCCCAAAAGGGAAAGAACGACCGCCUGCCUACGAGACAGCGCACUCCGAGCCGGACAUCUCCCCACCAACCCUCUCACGGGAAGAGAAGCACCUUGCGAGCCGUGUUCUCACCCACGUCCUAGAGAUCUACUUCCACCGACACCUCUACCUCGAAGUAACGCGCUUUCAUGCCCAGCUCCUCUCGCUCGGCCUCACCCCCGACAUAACCUCCUUCAACCGCGUCCUCCAAUCCCAUUUCCGCUGGUUCCUCUACCCAGACAUGUACCGUUCCAAGCGGAACAGCGUCACUUUCCAGCAACUUACCGAAUCUGUCCGGCACACGCUCGACCAGAUGCGUGAAUACGACAUCACGGCGAACAGUUCUACCCGCUCGAUACUCAUCUACGGCCUCGUCCGGUGUAUCCUCUUCUCUCCCCUUCCCGAACUGCACACCCGAUGGGGCUCGAUCGCACCCGUCAUCACCAGGCUCCCAUCGCACGCAGAAGGGGAUAUAAUGCUCCGCCUGACAUGGACCGAGGCGUGCCUAGAGCUUGCAGAGCUCAGGGCAAGGAAGGACGCGCAUGUGCAGUACAAGCUUGGCCGGGAGGUGACGCGCACUGAGCUGGAAGCGACGCAGGAAGAAUGGUUCCACCAGAGUCUGGGAGCGAUGCAGCGUUUUCUUCUCGUCUCCGGCUCCAACUCCAACUCCAAUUCCAACUCUAACUCUAACUCGUCAGCACGGAGUUACACCCAACUCACGCUCUUCCAACUCACGUACGAGCUCCGUAUCUGCGCGCUCAACAUGCGUGCCGCCCUCGUAGACGCCGACAUCCCCUCCGCCGCCUACUGGCUCCAACUCCUCCGGCCAGGGUACGAGCACGCACUUCAGCGCCUGGCCCUUCCCGAGAACCAUAACUGGGGGUUUCUGCGAGCAGACAUCCAGCAGCGGUUCGAGGCUUCCACGGUCCGGUUCGUCAGUUACGCUCUGGAGCGGGGAGCUUUAACCGAUGCACUGGGCGCGCUGAAUUGGGGAAAGUAUAUAAGACAUCCGAGCACGCUGUUGAUGCUCUGGCGCAGGGUGUUAUGCUUUCAACCAACGGAGAACCUUCGCUGGGAAGACCGGGGCGUAGGGGUAGGAGAGGCACUGGAGAGUCUGAUGAGGACGCUAGAUGCGCACCCGAAGCUGGGGCCCAAGAGCCCGCUGAAGCGUUCCUCCGGGCUCAAGGGGAUCUACUUGGUACAGGUGAACGAGAAGCUCGUAGCGUACCAUCUUUGGGCUGCGCUGCUCGGUUCUGCACCGGGUGACAGCUUGCUCAGGGCACUCCGGUUCCCCGACGCAGGCCGGGGGAAGCGAUUAGACUUUCUGAGGAAGGUGUUCGACAGAUGUGGAGUGACCCCUUCGGCGAAGUUCUGGAGUGCGCAAGGAUCGUUUGUCGAGUUUUGUAGGGGGAAGCAUGUGGAGGAAGUAGGGCAGGAGGAACUGGAUUGGGUCAGGAGGGUGUACGAGGGUCGGCGGGGGGAUGCGCCUGCGCUUGCUGAUGGGGAUGGGGAGGGAGAGGGGAGAGGCGGGACGUUCAGGUUCUUUGGAGUCAAGUUUAAUGUCAAGGAUAAAUAA